GAUCAGAGUCCACACGGGAAGCCUCUUUCGAAAAAUCUUUCCUCCCAUGUCAUGCAGCGUGGGCCGUAAUGGAGCGGUGUUGUGGAAAAAUCACCAGCCAUCUGUGGCUCUGGUCUACUCUGUCGUUUUUGACACUAUGUUUUGCACCUGUGAUGUUACACCCGCAAUGUUUGGAUUUUAAACCGCCCUUCCGACCGCAGAGAGAGCUGGAAUUUUGUAUAAUGUACAAGGAAUUUGGCUGCUGUGAUUAUCAGAAAGACCAGGAGCUGAUGUCUAAAUACUACCAGAUUAUGGAUAAUUUUGACUACAGUGGAUAUGCCAGCUGUGCCGGGUUCAUCUUCGACUUGCUCUGCCAGGAGUGUUCUCCCUAUGCAGCUCACCUCUUUGAUGCUGAGGAUCCAAGCACCCCGCUCAGGACCAUCCCAGGCCUCUGUUCUGAAUACUGCUUUCAGUUUUGGAAUAAGUGUUCUUUCACCAUUCCUUUCUUGUCUGGUGACCCACAUAUAGCAAACGUCAGAGAAAAUCAGACCAGUCUCUGCCAUUACCUGGAGUUACAAGACAAGGACUACUGUUAUCCAUAUCUGCUUAACAACCAGCGACUCACUCAGAACCUGGGUGGCAUUCAGGUGAACUCAAAUGGCUGUCUGCAGCUGUGCCUGGAAGAAGUGGCCAAUGGUCUCCAGAAUCCAUUAGCUAUGGUGCAUGCCAAUGAUGGCACACAUAGAUUCUUUGUGGCAGAACAAGUCGGCCUGGUGUGGACCUAUCUUCCAGAUAGGUCCAAGCUGGAGAGACCAUUUCUGAACAUUACCCAGGUUGUGCUAACGUCAUCAUGGGAAGGUGAUGAGAGAGGCUUUCUUGGACUCGCCUUUCACCCCAAAUACAAGUACAACGGGAAGCUGUAUGUGUAUUACUCAGUGGAGGUGGGUUUUGAUGAGAGAAUCAGAAUCAGUGAGUUCCAUGUAUCAGCCAAUGACAUGAAUGAGGUGGACCACAGCUCUGAGCGAGUUAUUCUGGAGAUUGAUGAACCAGCAUCCAACCAUAAUGGCGGGCAGCUGCUAUUUGCAGAUGAUGGGUACUUGUAUAUUUUCACAGGUGAUGGUGGUAUGGCAGGAGACCCAUUUGGGAAAUAUGGGAAUGCUCAGAACAAGUCAGCUCUCUUGGGUAAAGUACUUCGAAUUGAUGUGGAUGACAACCAGAGAGGUCCAUUGUACAGAAUUCCUCCAGAUAACCCGUUUAUACAUGAGCAGGGAGCACGUCCGGAGGUUUAUGCUUACGGUGUUCGCAAUAUGUGGAGGUGUUCGGUGGACCGGGGUGAUCCAUGGACCAAAGAUGGCAAAGGGCGUAUCUUCUGUGGGGAUGUAGGCCAGAACAAGUUCGAGGAAAUCGAUAUAAUCGAGAAAGGUCGAAAUUAUGGCUGGAGAGCUAAAGAAGGCUUCUCUUGCUACGAUAAGAAACUCUGUGCCAACAGUUCAUUAGAUGAUGUCCUGCCUGUUUAUGCAUAUCCUCAUAAGAUGGGCAAGUCAGUCACUGGUGGUUAUGUGUAUCGAGGUUGUGAAUACCCCAACCUGAAUGGCAUUUAUAUAUUUGGAGACUUCAUGAGUGGGCGUUUGAUGAGCCUGCAGGAGGACAAAAAAACAGGAAACUGGAAAUACAAUGAGAUAUGUAUGGGGGUGGGGCUAACCUGUGCCUUUCCUGGACUUAUCAACAACUAUCACCAAUACAUCAUCUCCUUUGCUGAGGAUGAAUCUGGUGAGCUAUACUUCAUGUCCACUGCAAUACCAAGUGCUACAUCACCUUCAGGAGUCGUUUAUAAAGUGAUCGAUCCCUCAAGACGUGCUCCACCAAGACAGUGCCACUACGACCCUCUUCCAGUGAGAGUAAAAAGUAAUCUCAUCAAGUUUGUUCCUCAAGAAACUCUGGUUGGCAUUGACCUGGCGAAUGAAAACUUUGACCAACAAUCCACUGAAUCCUAUCAGUGGCGCCAAGAGCUAAGCGAUCAUCUAGGCAAACUAGAAGCAAGCCUGACUACUCCUGUACCAGCCAGAGGUACUUCCAAACCAACCAAAAAUUCAAGGCGUAAAGACCGGCGUAGGAAGAACAAAUCCAAAUUGGAAAGUGUACCUCACAUCCAGAAGGGAGCAGUGAGACUGGCUGGGGAUGCAAGGAAUGACCGUGGACGUGUAGAGAUCUACAUUAAUGGGGAAUGGGGCACCGUGUGUGAUGACCUGUGGACCCUUGUCAAUGCUGGAGUGGUUUGCCGGCAGCUUGGUUUCCAACAUGCUCUGAAAGCAGCUAAGAACUCUGAGUUUGGUGAGGGAAAGGAUUUGCGGAUUCUUCUAGAUGAUGUUCAGUGUGUAGGCACUGAAUCCAGCCUUUUAGAUUGCAGACAUGCUGGUGUGGGGACACAUAACUGUGCCCACUAUGAAGAUGCUGGUGUGAUCUGUGGCAACUCAUCAUAUGUUGCAGAUGUUGCAGAAGUUUAAAAGUUUAACUAGUAUUAAGUCAAGUGCAAUUAUGAAAGAGUUAAUCUCCUGUUUAAAAAACCAUUUAAAAAAAAUCACAACACAAUGCAGACAGCUAUUCUAUUUCCCACAGCAACAAGAAAUAAACAGUAAUGUAAUCUAAAACUACAGUUUUGUUAUAUGUAGUACAAUACAAUGAACAUGAUAACUACUUAAGAGUAUUUUUAAGUAAAGCUCACAAGCAAAUGCAUACAUUUCAAUAAUCUAAAGCAGGAUAGUGUGUAUACUGAGACAAAUGAACAGUUAUAAUUUAAUAAGAUAAUAAAGACAGUCCUUUGUUCAAAAUAAUGGAUCUUAUAGUAUCAGUCAGAGUGCAUUAAGAUAUAGUAUAACAAUUUAAUUACACAUAAGGUUUUUCCUUCAGUACUUUUCAUUGAUAAGUGAAUACAUUGGAUUUUAUUAUUGGGUUAUAAAAGUUUGACUUUACAGUGUAAUAUUAAAAUUUGAAUGUA